AUGUCGGCCGCUACCUCAGACACAAAUAACAAUGUUGAUAUCGACGCCCUUUUAGAUAAAUUGACGCUGGACGAGCAGAUCUCCUUGUUGGCAGGUGCAAGCACUUGGGAGACUGCCGCCAUUGAUAGACUUGAUGUGCCGUCAUUAAAGGUCACCGAUGGGCCAAAUGGUGCUCGCGGCGAGACUUUUCUUGAUGGUACUACAGCUGCCUGCUUUCCUUCCUGUGUCUCUCUCGCGGCCACUUUCAAUCGCACCCUCUCGCGCCGAGUAGGGAAAGCCCUCGGCCAAGAAUCUCAGACAAAAGGAGCAUAUGUGUUAUUGGGACCGACUGUGUGCUCCCAUCGAUCACCGCUCGGUGGUCGGAAUUUUGAAGCCUUUUCCGAGGAUCCGCUGCUGUCUGGGUUGCUAGCCGCAGAAUACGUGAAAGGACUGCAAUCCGAACGCGUGGGUGCGACCGUCAAACACUAUCUAGCCAACGAGCAGGACACAAGACGAUUUUCCAUCAACGAAACCAUAUCGGAACGAGCUCUACGUGAGAUGUAUCUGCGGCCUUUCGAGAUCGUAGUCAAGUCCUCAGCUCCCUGGUGUGUCAUGACCAGCUACCCCAAAGUGAACGGAAUACAUGUUGAUAGUAGCAAGAUGUUUAUACAAGACAUACUGAGAGACCAAUGGAAGUUUGACGGGCUUGUCAUGUCCGAUUGGGGGGCAACGACGUCUACAAAAGAUAGUAUAAAUGCCGGAUUGGAUUUGGAGAUGCCCGGACCUGCAAAAUGGCGGUCUCUGGAUGCCGUGAAAGCUGCCGUCGACGCUGGCUCCGUCACAUCCAAGACAAUUGCUGGACGUGCCCGGGCUGUGCUUCAGCUCCUGCAUAGGACUGGGAAAUUCUCGGAUCGGAAAGAGGCCGUCUCGGAGACUGCAAUUGAUAAACCAGAACACCGCAGCCUAAUCAGAGAAGCUGGCGCAGAAGGACUUGUACUUUUGAAGAACACUGACAGCAUUCUUCCUCUGGAUAUGAGAAAUUGCAAGAAGUUGGCAAUCUUAGGCCCGCUUGCAAAAUAUGCAGCAGCACAUGGCGGCGGAAGUGCCUCACUCAAUUGUCAUUAUAAGGUAACCCCUUUUGACGCAUUUACUGCUAGACUUGGCGCCGAGACUGAGAUUUUACACUCAAAGGGUGCACAUAUAUAUCGUGUGUAUCCAGAACUUGAGGCUGGAUGCACGAACAAAGAGGGCAAACCUGGGUUUACCACAGAAUAUUUCGCAAACGAAGAGCUCGAAGGUAAACCAUUCUAUUCUCAGGGCUUCCCUCGAGGUUAUUUUAUGACAAUGAUGGACGAUAAGGCUUCGGGCAAAAAGUCAGUCCGACUCACCACCUCUUUUGUUCCUGACACGAGCGGCAAUCACUAUUUAAGCUAUUCGUCAAUGGGUACUUCAAAGAUGUAUAUCAACGACACGGUUAUAUCAGAGCAAAAGCAGUCAACAAAGGAUUCAAUGGCUUUUCUUUUGGGGACUCAGGAAGAAAAUCGCUUCCGAUACUCCUUCACGAAAGGCCAAGUCUACAAGAUUCACGUUGACGCAUGGGUUCCAGCUGAGUUAAAUGGCGAGCUUUACUUAUUUGACGGUCAUAUAGCUGUUCACCUUGGGUUUGUUAGCCAGGAAGAGAUGGAACGUGAUGUGCUCACCGAGGCAGUUGAUCUUGCAAAGAAGGCUGACUAUGCGAUUUUGUUUGUUGGUAACACGACCCAGUGGGAGACGGAAGGCCAGGACAUGGAAGACAUGAACCUUCCUGCGGACGGCUCGCAGGAUCGUCUUAUAACUGAAGUCGCGAAAGUCAAUUCAAACACUAUUGUGGUAAAUACUACUGGUGUUGCUGUCAGUGUACCUUGGCUUGACGAAGUCUCGGCACUUGUUCAGGCGUGGUAUUCGGGGCAAGAAACUGGAAAUGCAAUUCUCGACGUGCUAUUUGGCAAAGUCAAUCCUUCGGGGAAGUUACCCAUUUCCUGGCCGCGGAAAUAUGAAGAUACUGCUGUUUGUGGAAAUUUUGGGUUGGACUCUUAUGAAUCGAGAGAGGUUGAGUAUGUUGAGGGUGUCUACGUAGGCUAUCGGCAUUUUGACAAACACUUUGCCACAGAGAGGCAGGUGCUGUUUCCUUUCGGCUAUGGUUUGAGCUAUUCCACCUUUUCCAUUUUAGAAGUCUCCCUCGAAGGACGGAUAUCAAAUGACACAAGUGAUGGCGUUACGAUAUCUGUAAAUGUGGAAAACACCGGGAACCUGGCAGGAGCCGAGACAAUUCAAGCAUAUCUCGCACCACCAACAAUUAAUACCAUCGACAGACCACUCAAGGGGCUUGUUGGGUUCAGCAAGGUGUUUUUGUCUAAAGGAGAGAAGAAGUCGACCACGAUCAGCUUUCAGAAAGAUUCGGCAGCAUUUUGGGACGUGGUGAAGCACAAAUGGGUCAUUGAAAGGGGGACAUACAAAAUCCUCGUGGGCACGAGUUCUGAUCCUAAAGAUUUAAAAACAAGCUUGAAAGUAGAUGUGCCGCAGACCUUUAGCUAUGAGCCAUAG